AAAAUGUUAUAUUUGAAGAUAAUGUGGAUAAUUCUUCAACAUCUUAUACAGCAGCAAAUAUUUUAGAAAUGCUAUUAGAAGACAAUAAUGAAGAUAACGAUAAUAACGAUAAUAGACAACAUAAUUAUAUAUAUAUUUUAGAUGAUGAUAUUUAUUCCAACUCAUCAACAGCGAUUUCAAGUAACGAGUAUGAUAGAGAGAUUCAAUCAGAAAAAUCUAAAGGAAAACUACGAGAAUAUGAAGCUAGUCAAAUUCCAGCAGAAUUUGAUAGGAUGAAUAAUAUUUUAGAAAUAUGCAACUGGCUGGUAAAACAUCCAUCUAUAUUGCAGUUAGCCAACCAAAUGCAUAUGGCAUCCUCAUCAUCAAUGGAAAAUAUUGGAACUUUUAAUGAAUCGUCAAUGCCUUCAUCUGCAAUUUCAUCAAAAAUAAAUAAUAAUAAAGAUAGUACACAUAUAUGGGAUGAAGAAAUAAAAUGUCUCUUUCUUAGAACAAGAUUUCCCCCAGCACAU